CAACGAAGAAGAUCGUCGCACAACAUAGCUUUUACACCAUCAGCACCAGCAGCUCCCCCUCCUCCACCAGACGUACAAGAAAAGAUUAGGCCAGUACGGUUCUACGUUCCCGGGCACAGGCAUCUAAAAGCUCCCCCAGGCAGGAGGAGCUCUCCCAGGCAUGACCUGAGAGGAGAGGCAGGAAGCUAUCGGACACUCUAUCAACAUGGGAAACCAGGAUGCUAAGCAAAAGAAAGCUGCAGCAGCAUCGGGUAAUGGAAGCUACCCUUCACUGGAUGAAGGAUGGAAAGAGGGAGGAGGGGACACCACGAAAAAGGGAGGCAAAAAACUACACAGUAAGCAUGGAGGUAAAGGAGCAGGCAGCGGUGGAGGAGGAGGAGGAGGAGGGGGGAUGCUUGGCACAGGAUCAGGAAAGAAGAAAAACAAAUCUGAGUCCAAGUCCUCUGUUUUCUCCAUCCGGAAGAGAAAGGGCAACCUGAAAGGGAAAGGAGACGCGUGUUCAUCAGUAACAGGCUCAAAGGAGGACGUUUUAGUAUCUCAACAUGAUGAACUGGACAGCUCAAAAACACCUGAAAUGUCUGCAGAUGAGCUUGGGCAGUCGGACACUGAGGCUGAGAAGAAAAAGAAACCAGAGCCAGGAAAAAAGAAUGAAGAUAGACGAGAGCAGAAGCAGGAGGUGCAGCGGAAAGUCUCAACAGCAGCAACAUCUUCCACAGAGGAUGGAGGGCCAAAGGGAGGGAGCUCAGGGUCAGACACAGACAUUUACAGCUUCCACUCAGCAGCCGACCACGAGGAUUUGCUAGCGGACAUCCAGCUCGCUAUAAGGCUCCAGCACCAACAGCAGCAUGGGGGAGUUAACUCUAUUGUAGGAGCACAGGGAGCGGGCGAAAGGGAUCUGAGCUUGGGAGGAGAGGGGAGGAGAAGGCAGAGUGAUGGGGUAGUUAAAUUAACUCCUCCAGAGGAGCUUGACCCGACUCCAGAAUUAGAACUGGGGUCUGAUGCCCUGUCAUUCCUAGAGACGGGAACUCUGUCUGACUCUGUCAAGCGCACGGACCAUCCGCCGUCGCCACACCUCCCCUUACACACAGAGAUGCACGAGAGGAGGGAGGAGAAGGAGGGGGUGGAGCAUCCGGAACUAAAUGGGAAGGGGCAGAGGGAGAGAGAAGCCUCUCUUUGUGUUGCCACAGGCACAAAAGACCAGCAUGCUUGGGUGCAGCAGCCCCCUCACACAGCCAUCACCAUGGCUACUGCAGGGGGAGCAGCAGUCAGCCCUGUUACCAUGACAGCCGGUGGUAACAGCUUUCCUGAUCUCACAUUUGAUAGUGCUGAGAAGACCCCAGGAGAGGAGGAGAGGGAGCCUGGGGUGGAUGUGGAUCUCAGUCCUCCACCAGCAGACAGCCACAACAAAAGUCCUGAAGCGCUGAGCUCAGGGACCGUGUUUGAAGAAGGUGAGGUUCAGUUGGGCUCGGGUACCAGUGCCGAGUCCCUUGAGGACUGCCUGAGUGCUGGAUCCGAAUCCAACCACUCUGCUGCUGCCAGCAGCGGUGCCUCCCCCUCCAACCAGCAGUGCAGGAGGAGCAGCGUGUGCUUCACCUCGCUACCUCCCCAGGAGAGCCCCACGUUGGCCAAACGACUGCUCAGGUCCACCCACUCCUCCACCUCCUCUACCCCUGUGGUGAAACCCUACCCUCCCAUCUUCCCCUCCUACAUCAAGACCACCACGAGGCAGCUCAGCUCCCCAGGACACUCCCCAUCCCUGUCCCCCUCCCACAGCCCCCUGUCCCCGCGCAGAGCCCACCAUCACCCCCACAGGACAAUGGCUGAAGGUCAUCAAGUCCGUCGGCAGCGCUCUCGAAGCCUCGCUGGGUCUCUGAGUCGCUCGGCUGACUGGACGGAGGAUCUUGAGAGAAGGAUGAGGAGCAGAGAGGAGGAUGGAGGAGGCUCAGGAGAAUAUCUGGUGGGCUACAGAGGAGGAGGCAGCCAGCCCCUCUGUGCUACCAGAAGAUCCUCCUGUGGACAGGUUUCUACCUGCAGCUUUCAGGACAUCUUCACAGGUCGAACUCUUCUGGAAAAGCUGUUCCUGCAGCAGCAGCAGCAGGAGCAGCCGGAGGAGGCGGAGAGGCUCUGCUCCAGGAUCCUUGCCAUGGGUCUCCUGCUGCCUUUCGCUGACUGCUUCAGAGAGCAGCUGGGAGGUAGCACCGGCCACAUCACCUCCACAGCAUCAGCCAAGUUUGAUCAUGACCAGCUGUACACAUGGGCAGCAGUUAACCAGCCGCCUCACUCCCUGGAUCCUCUGGAAGGGAAACUACCAGGGCAGCUGAAGGGCCCCUGGCCUCCAGCCAAGCUAGGCGGAGACAACAGGAUUGGACUCAAAUCCACAGAGGCAGAAGACAAUCAAGAACACCAUGCAGCUAUCUUAGGUUUGACGCAACAGAAGGAGAGCCAUGAGGAGGAAUGUGUCCUUCCUUCAGCAAAACUGAAAGCAAAACACGUAAAUGUCAUCCUACAGCUGGAACAAACAAUUGAGGAUCUCAGGACUAAGAUUGCUGAGCUGGAGCAACAGCCUCCUCUGCUGGACAGGGCCUGUAUGAAAGCCCCCACCUCCACCACAGACAGGGAGUGUGGAGGAGAGGAGGGCCUGCUGAGGGCUGUGUGUGACGCUCACCUGCAGACUGAAGCAACUCUUGCUCUGGGCUGCCUGGAGGCCAAGUCAGUGCAGACGUCUCCCAUGGACGACAGCUUUAAGUUCAAAGUGCCUUGUAGUGAGUCGGGUGGAGAGAACGGUUUCUUGCAGCCUCCACCGAAGCAGGAUGGCGUCCAGUGUUCAUGUCAGCUGCAGUCUCCUCCUCCACCUCCACCUCCACCUCCACCUCCACCUCCCCUUCCAGGAGGAGGAGUACCUCCUCAUCCUUUACCAGGACAGAUCGUGGCACCUCCGCCUCCACCACCUCCUCCUCCACCCUUACCUGGAGGCUCGAUGCCAGCUCCUCCACCUCCUCCACCUCCACCUCCAUUACCUUUUGGUUCAGCAGUUCCUCCACCCCCACCUCCCCCUCCACUUCCUGGUGGUAUUGCUCCACCCCCACCCCCCCCUCCUCCUCCUCUCCCUGGUGGCAUUGCCCCACCUCCUCCUCCAUUACCAGGAAUAGGAGCCCCACCUCCUCCACCACCUCCAGGCUGCGGGCCUCCUCCACCCCCUCCUCCACCAGGAGCAUUCUGUGUUCCAGCUCUUCCUGGGGGUCUGGGUUCCCUGCCUCCUCCUCUGCCGUUGGGGCUGUACAGUCUGGGUCUGACCCAGGAGAAGCCACCCAGGAAGGCUCUGGUGGAGCCUCCCAGACCCAUGAAGCCCCUCUACUGGACCAGAAUCCAGCUGAACACCAAAAAGGAGGUUUCUUCUUCAUUGGUGUGGGACACUAUUGAGGAGCCUGAUAUGGACUUUGAGGAGUUUGUAGAGUUGUUCUCCAAAACAGCGGUGAAGGAGAAGAAGCAGCCACUCUCUGACACCAUCACCAAGUCCAAGGCCAAACAGGUUGUGAAGCUCCUAAACAAUAAGCGCUCUCAGGCAGUCGGGAUCCUUAUGUCCUCCCUGCAUCUUGACAUGAAAGAUAUCCAGCACGCCAUCCUGAACUUGGACAACACAGUAGUUGACCUGGAGACCCUGCAGGCUCUAUAUGAAAAUAGGGCACAACAGGAGGAGUUGGACAAGAUAGAAAAGCAUAUCAAGUCCUCAAAAGACAAAGACAAUGCCAAACCUCUGGACAAACCUGAGCAAUUUCUCCACCAGCUCUCCCUGAUCCCAAACUUCUCCGCCAGAGUCUUCUGCAUCAUCUUCCAGUCCAGCUUCUCUGAGUGCAUGUCGUCCAUAAUGAAGAAACUGGACACACUGCAGAGGGUAUGCAAGGCGUUGCAGGACAGUGAGACAGUGAAGCAGGUUCUCAGUCUGGUUCUGGCUUUUGGUAACUUCAUGAAUGGUGGUAAUCGGACCAGAGGCCAAGCUGAUGGCUUCUCCCUCGACAUCCUGCCCAAGCUCAAAGAUGUCAAGAGCAGCGACGGCAUGAAAAGUCUUCUGUCUUACAUUGUUGCAUACUACCUCAGACACUUCGAUGAGGAUGCUGGUAGAGAGACGUGUGUGUAUCCUCUCCCUGAGCCUCACGACCUGUUUCAGUCUUCACAGAUGAAGUUUGAAGACUUUCAGAAAGACCUGACUCGACUCAGGAAGGACCUGAGAGCGUGUACAUCAGAAGUGGAAAAGGUGUGCAAGGUUUCAGACGAGGACAACCUGCAGCCUUUUAAAGACAACAUGGAGGACUUCCUUGCACAAGCUAAAAGUGAACUGGAGAUCCUAGAAGCUCAACUCAGCAGCACUCACAAACUGUUCUUAGAGCUCACAGUGUUCUUCUCAGUGAAGGCCAAGUCAGGAGAGAAGGAGGUUUCACCAAACACGUUGUUCUGCGUCUGGCACGAGUUCUCCUCGGACUUCAAGGACCAGUGGAAGAAGGAGAACAAAGUUAUUCUCAAAGAGAGGUUAAAAGCAGCAGAAGAGUGUUUCCGACAGGCCAAGGAGAAGGGUUCCUACAGCGUCAAACCCAAACACGCCUCCGGCAUCAAAGCCAAGCUUGGCAUGAAGAUUUGACUCAGUGAACAUGGAACGCUUGUUUUCCCAACUAUGGGCACCAGCAGUAAGUCACAGACAAUAAAGUAUGAAGAGGACAGAAGCGACAAGGGAAAGGAUGUAUGUGCAGCAGAGCCUGCUCUGGACAUCUUGUUUCAUUGAUUUAUUUCUUCCAGUUGAAGCAGUUUUGCUUGAUGCCUUACGUUGCUCUCCUGUCCAGCUGUCACUCAAUCCAACACAAUCAUGGAUGGAUGAUGCCGCAGGGCCACCAGGCACCAGGAAUCAUGGGUCCCUGAGAUCACCACAGCUCUUAAACACUAUAUACAGUAUACAAAAUAACUGUGCAGACUAUAUGCCUACAUUUAUAAAAUAACAAAUGUCUCACUAAUUAAGAAUGGUAAACACAGUUCCAGACAACACAUGCCAUAAAUAGUACCAACAACAUGGCGCUUAUAUAAUUAAGAUCUUAAGGAUUAUAACUUCCAACUGUUAAGCAUUCAGAUCCACCAGGUGUGAAAGCUAGGGCACAUAGUUUGGGAAUAAUAACAGCACAAGAGUCAGGAGCAUGACUACUGGGGCAGGAACAGUGCAUCUACAGGAACACUGAUGGAUCUUGCCAAGCACACAUAUGCACUCGGAUGUGUCAUUUCAUCACUUGUAUGUUUAGUUGAAGCAACAAACAUUUAAUUUACUCUUCUACACAAAAUACACUCAACAUCUGUGCACAUAUACAGCAUGCAACAUGACUAAUGAAGAACUUUAUGGUUUAUUCCAGACAUUGGAAACAGCAGUUGACCAAACAAUCUCAACAUGGUAGAAAGUCAGAGAGAAGUGUGGCCAUUUCUAAAGCACUUUAGGUUUUGGCUCAUAAUUCCUUAAAUACAAGCAAAAUAAUUUUUCUUGAUUUGUUGGUCCAAAUUUACAACUCUUUUUCCACCAUUUUGCUAAGAUUUCCAAGAUUUUUCAUCCGCUCUUACUAUUUUCAUCCAAUCUGGAAUCUCCCUUUAUAUAAAUGCUUUUGUUUUUAUGCUAUAAUGUUAUUCUAAAACUUGCUGUUGGCAAAGAUUAUUCACCAUAAAUGGUCAUACCCCCUUGAAUGCAUUGGACAAUUGCAACUGAAUGUUAUGUUGCCAAAUUCGUCUUAUUCUAAAGCCUUAAUAUGUAGGUGCUCUCCAAAGUAUUUGGUCCACAUCAGAUAUCAGCAUGAUUGUCUAUUACCAUGUGCUUUCUGACUGAAACAUUUAAAAACAUUAAACACUUUGACACGUUUUGUUUUUUGAAUCUAUUUUAAAGGAUUGUGCAGCUUUGGUGAAAGGUGGCAGAUUUUCUUUUUAUGGAACUUGACCGGGGAGUGUGAAGCAUCGGCAGCUAACACACAAAGCCGGCAUGCUUAGCGCUAUAGAAAUCUUAAAUCUUAGCAGCCACUAAAGUAUGAGAGGACGAGAGUGAUUGGCAUUGGGAGCACUUGGGGACAUAUUCUGGUUAUACUGUGCAAAUAUUACUGACAACUUUAAAAUAAAAAAAAUUUAAGUUAAAAAGUAACGGGAAUCUGGAAUAACCCGGACAACAGCCACAGACACAGUCCUUUUAAAUGCUGCAGUAAAUCGCCUCACCUGGAUAUCAGGUGAUCUUUGGUGCAGCAGUGGUGAUGAGCAGGAGAAGAAUGUCACUGUAAACUUACAUUUGUCAUUUUAAUGUACUGUAUGGUCAAGGAUAUGGCAUAUCAUACCAGAUAUACGAAGGUGUGUGUGUGUGCGCGUGCACGUGCGCGUGUGCGAGUGAAUUUUCUCAUCAGCUGGUUGAUCACGUAUUUGUGGUUGAAAACUAUGCGAUGGAGUAUAUGUAUGGUGCAUUAAAUUGCAGCUAGUGUGUUUUGUUGCAGAAUUAAUGACUUUAAGGUAAUACAUUGUUUAAAAUAAGUAUUGUGAGACACAUGUUUUGUUUCUUUCAAUGAUAUCAUUUCCUGCUGGCCAGCAUGAUAGUCUCAAUACGAACUUGACUAAGUUUGAACAGUUUCAUGUGCAAUAAAUGUUUAUACAUGUAUAUGAAGAGGAUGCAUGGAGUCUGGGAGAGGUGUAAUUUAUGUAAAAUAAAGAGAAUGAAUUCUGCAUUA